CAGCCGGAGCCAGACGGGCCGUGGGGCCCGGAGGGAGGGCUGGGCUGGAGCCCGGAGCGGAGCUGCUCCGAAGCAAGGCACUCCGCAGUGCGCCGCCCGCCUUGCUCUGGAUGCGGCCCCGUCUCGCUCGCCUCUUCCGCGGGGCCCGGCCGAUGGAUGCUGCAGCAGCUCCACGCCUCCCGAGGCCAGAGCUAAAGGCGAGCGAUUCCUCGGCCACUCUUCCUCCUCCUCCGAGGCCCUAGCAAACUAAUCUCCAGACCUCGGGCACCGCGCAGCCGUUUGCAGCCCAACCUGCUGACUGGAGAUGAGGGGAAUCAAGCCUACCCCAAGCAAAACUGCAGAGGUGGAGAAAGCUGGAGACUCCCUCUCUAAGGCAAAGCACAGACUUCAGGAACAAGAGGAUGGUGAAGACUCCAAGGAGCUUCCUAGGAAGAAGCAGAAAUGUACUGGGAAACGGCAGCAAACAGAAAAACUGUCUCAUCUUAAGUCUAAAAGCUGUUGUAGAAAGAAAAAUCCAUCUUCAUAUGAAGCAGGAAGCUUGGAAGAGCAGUGGCAUAUGGAGAUCCUGGACAAGGGCCGUAUCACCUGCCCAGUUUGCAGAGCUGUUGCACGGAAGACAGUGGAAGGACUGAAAAAGCACAUGGCAAACUGCCGGCAGGAGAAGUUCACAUGUCACCACUGUGGAAAACAGCUGCGGUCUCUGGCAGGAAUCAAGUACCACGUCAUGGCAGACCACAACAGCUUGCCAGUUGGAAAGGAGGCAGGCCAGCUGGGCGAGCCAAAUGAGCGAGAGCGCUUGCGGAAAGUGCUGAAGCGCAUGGGAAAGCUCAAGUGCACGAGGGAGGGCUGUGCAGGCAACUUCACCAGCGUUGUGGGUUAUCUCUACCACACGCAGAAGUGUGGGAAAGCAGCCGCUGAGCUGGAGAAGAUGGCCCUGAAGUGCCCCCACUGCAGUAAAGCGUACCAGUCCAAGGCGGGCCUUGUGUACCACUUGAAAUCUGAACACGGACAGGCCACCUUCCUUCACGAAGAAGACCGGCUGCCAACUCAUGUAAAGGACGCGAACACAGAGCCACGUGGUGAUGCAGCAGCGGAAGGAGGCCGAAUUCAGCGGAGGUCUGCCAAGGUGGCUGCUUACCACCUGCAUGAGUUGGCCAAUGAAGAGCUGGUCAAGGAGUGGCCCAAAAGGAAGGUCCUGCAGGAUCUUGUUCCUGACGACCGGAAGCUGAAGUACACUCGGCCCAGGCAGCCCACUGUCAGCCCCGAGGUGCUGUGCAGGUGGAAGUCGGAGAUAAAGAUGUGCAGACGAGUUCACUGCCCCAACCAGGGCUGUGAGGGUGUCUACAGCAGCAUCUCGGGCCUCAAGUCACACCUAGGCAGUUGCACUGCGGGUGAGUUUGUGGCUGGGAAGUACCAGUGCCUGCUUUGUGCGAAGGAGUUUGUGUCCGAGAGUGGGGUCAAGUACCACAUCAACACCGUACAUGCAGAGGACUGGUUUGAUGUUAGCGUGCAUAGCACCAAGAGCUUUGAGAAGCUGGUGAAGCUGCAGCAGGUGGAAGCAGAGCCCAAACGGCAGCGCAAGAAACGCCUCUCCAGCCGGAGCCGCAAGAGGAGGCCAAGGCUGGUCUCUCCGAAGAAGGCGCCCAGGCUGGGGCUGGAGCACAGCCGGAGGCAGGCAGCCAAGGUGGCCCGGCCCCAGCCGCCAGACUGCGAAAGCAGGAGCAGUGAAGAGGAGGGGGCCCCCACUCUGAAGCUCGGUCACAGGUCCCCUUGGAGUCGAAUCUCCUCCAGGCUGAAAAGACUCAGUUCCCUCAGUUUCAUCCUCGGUCCUGUAUUAUUUUUUAUUUAUUGCGCUUAUAUACUGCCCAAUGACCCAAAGGGCUUUCUGGGUGCUUUACAAGUGUGAAAACAUACAAGCAACCAAGAGCAGUAAUUGCACGUGAGCUGCUUUUAUCUUUGCUGCUUCCAUGAGAACUGAGCUUGUCCUAGAAGCUUUAAAGCUUAACUGCAUGCAAGGCAAGCACUGCUUACAAGGGGUUUGCUGUGCCUGUUUGUGGCCGUUGUCGAGUCUUCAGCGAGCUCUGCAGCCCAUCCAGAUAUCCGGCUACAGCUCUUUGAGCAACACCAUUUCACAGACAGAACAACACGUCCUGCACCCACCUCCUCCUGCUGUGCCCAAUCACUACAAACUGCUUACACCUGGCUUUCACCACAGUUUAGUCAAGUGUUCCUCCAGGUCAUCGAUGAACAGAUUGACAGCCCUGGAGGACCCCACUCGUCACCUGCCACCAUCCCGAAGAUUCCCCACUAAUAGUUUCCCUUCCUUCCUGCUUGGCUAUCCAGUGUGUUUCCACCCCUCUACCAAGAGUAUAAUCUGGCACCCCAUCAUUUAAGCCUGCUAAGAAGCGCAGCUGGAGGGCCCUUCCAAGCUGGAGUGUUGCAAGUGACACCUCCCUGCACAGAUGAGGGGCUGAGCAGGCAAGCUUGUCCCCCAAAAUGCGUGGGAUUCCCAGUACCUCCCAGGCGGCAGAGGCACACAGAUAAGCCUUACAGCAAAUGGCUCCUUGCAUUUCACUUGUGUGAGAAACUGCUGCACCAGCGGUGGGAUCUACUUGGGAGGGUGAGGGAGUCAGCGGCCUGGUCUGCGCUGCUGCAAAUCAGAAUAAGGCUGCGGCUCCACCCUGAGGCCUGUGUCAUGUUGCAUCAUUUGAUGGCUGUAAAAAUCCCAGCAGGGACUUCCUCAUCUGUUGCUGGCAGCGGCCGCUGCGGAAGAGCCCUCGCCGAAAGAUUGGCUGCAGUGCACGGAACAGGCUCUCGCAGCCCUCGGGGGCCGAAGGCCUCUGCAUGCUUCAGGAGACCACUCCUCCGCCUCUGCCCAGAGGUCUAGUGUCUAAUUUGGUUGUACAUGACGGCAGAUACUUGAAUACAAAAUACAUGCUUUCAGCCACGAAGGACGUCAGCAUGUCUGAAUGAAGCUUCUCAUUUUAAAAUCCCCCAUGCACUCCUCACCCCCUGCAAGUUGUGGAUUGUAUUUCAAAGGGGAAAUGGGGCAGGUGACAGGACUUGCCUGUGGAGCUGUUGUCCUCCUAUGUGGCAGCACUGCAGCUUUAUGGACAGGCGGGCGAGGUGCUUCCUCCAUGAGGCAGUGACCUUGGAUAUGCAGCAAGCCUGGGAAGGGGCAAGGACCCCUUUCUCCCUUUCAAGCCUUCCCUAAAAAUGCAAGUACAGCCCUGUGGGAUCGGGCCAGCCCAGCACUCCGUUCACACAGUGGCAGACCCAUUGUCUGCAGGAUCUCCCAAGCCACCUGCCCCAGCUCCUCAGUGGCUGAAGGUGUAGGCGUGUAGCCUCUGGGAAUGGAGGUAGCCCACAGGCAGCAAGGCUAGUAGCCACUGAGAGCCUCCCUCCACACCUGACCAUCCCUUUUUAAAGCCAUCCCGAUUAGUGGCCUUCGCCACUUCCUGUAGCAGUGACUGCCACCGUUUAAUUAUGUUGCACGUAGCAGAAGUACUUGCAUUUAUCUGUUCUAAACCUCCCACCAAUUAAUGUCAUGGGGUGGCCCCGGGUUCUAUUAUUAUGGGACAUGGAGAAUAAUAUCUCCUCCCCUUUCUUCAUAAUUUUAAAUACCUCCUUCAUGUCACUCUCCAUUUUAUUAAGCUUCUGUACCGCCUGAAGUGCCUGAUCCCGGCAGUGAAGCAAGGCUGGGCCUGGUUGAAAUUUGGGUGGGUGACUCAGUGUUGAAAACUGCCCAGAGAGCUUUGGCUAGUAGCAUAAUUUAUAACACGAACACUAAGCUAAAUACUCAAUUGCCCCUUUCAGCACUUUUCCACUCGCUGUUCUUUUUCAGGUACAGCAACUGGAACCGUACACAACUCUCUGAGUGCAGAUCUGCAUAAGGGAGACUGCAAUCUUGGCAGUUCUGUUUUCUGUUUCAUUCCUAAUUACAUUACAGUCUGUUUUCUAUUUCAUUCCUAAUUGCACCAAGUUUGCUAUUUCACAGCAGCUCUGCACUGGGCCAACAAUUUCAUGGCGCUGUCGCCCACCACCUCGAGAUCCCUUUCUUUUUCAGUCACUGCUGCUCAGGCUCUAUCGGCCUAUGCCUGAAAUUGGGAUCUUCCCCCCAAUGUGCGUUACUUUACUUUAGACAUGCACAUGGUGGGCAUGUCAUGAGCGGAGCUGGCUGGAGCCAGGGGUCAGGCUAGAUGGCCCGGGAGGCCCCUCCUGACUCGCCCUGUUUCUGUGUUUCUACAAUUGUUUACACUGAACACAUUUGCCAUUUGAGCCCAUUCUCUCAGUCUGGAGGGAUCCCUUUGCAGUUCCUCACAUUCCCUUUUGGUUUUAACCACACUAGAUGGUUUUGUGUCAGUAAACUUGGCCUGUUCACUGCUUACUCCUACUUCCAGGUCAUUUAUGCAUGGGCUGAAAAGCUUUUGAGUUAAGCUCAGUGGCCUUACAGGCCUCUUUCAACUCUACCGUUCAACUCCUGAAUACACCUGCCCAGACCCUAAGAUAAUUUAUGGAGGUCCUUCUCUGGGAGUCACCUUUAAAAGAAGAAAGGGAGGUGACCACAAGGAAAAGAGCCUUUUUGGCUGUGGUGUCCUGGCGGUGGAACCAGCUUCCCAGGAAGGCACACCUAAUGCCAACCUUGUAUACAUUUCAGCAGCAGGUUAAACCCAUUUAUUUUCCUGUCAUUUUAAUUCUUUUAUUUGGUUGAAUAAAAGGUUCAGUUUUUAUUCAUGCCACAAUUGGCUGUUGCAGAUUAGUUGUUUAUGUGUGGUGUUAUAUUAUUAUUACUUGUAAUUAUAUUUGAAUUAUUAUGGAUAGCCUUAUCGUUCCGUGUUUUACACCAUUUUAAAUGUUUGUACACCAUUAUGAGAGUGUCUGCUAAAGGAUGGUAUAGAAAUAAACAAACAAACAAAUACCA